AUGCAAAAUUCGGUAUUAUUACAACAGCUAACACUACCAGAAUCACCAACAACCAAAACAGUUCCCCCAUCUAGUACUACCACCACGAUAUCUGCCUCUGUAUGCUCCAGUCUUACCAGUAAUCCAUCCUACACACCCUCUGCUGUGUUGCCAGAUGACUAUACCUGGGGCUGCGCACCCGGGUAUCUCUGCAAGCCACCUCAUACAGGUGACCGCUCGGGAUGCAACGUGGAAGCAGGUCUCCCUGAGCCCGGAUACGUCUGCAAUCCCUCAGACUGCAUUGUGGCCCCGCCUCUGGACGUCCAUCCAUCUUGGCAGUACAAUGUCUCGAACAAUUAUUACAACCUCAACCCGGAGGACUUCGGUCUCGACUACUCCAUCUUCCAUUUGUCGGAAGACCCAUCUGCAGCCAACAGUAAACGCUACAUGUCCCUGUGGGACUUCGAUGUCGCCCAAAAUACAAAAAGGGCUGAUAUAACGAACAUUCCUGAUGUGUGUUACAAUGAUUGCAACGGUGCUGCGCUUGUACCGGAAAAGCUUGGAAAGACAUCCGAGCUUUGCAAGAGCGACUCGCCGUUCAUGGAAAAUUUGGGUGUUUGCGAGGAAUGCAUCACCAACAACGGCGAAUCUGGUUCCGAUGCAUAUUCAUCCAAAAUGUUACCGACGUUUGUACAGUGGCUGAAUUACUGCUCCGAUAUGGUCACUUCCACGACACAAGAAAGUACCACUAGCACUAAAACAAAAACCCCGACGACGACCACCCGGGUCACCGAUAGAACCACUACUACAAGCACCGAAGCAACGACAGCAGCCACAGUCACAGGUACCCAAGCCACCAGAACCAAAGUCCCCAGCACUGAAGAGACGACAGCUGAGCCUACAAAUACCGUGUCAAAGAGCACUCAGUCCACCGACAAAAGCACUACUGGCACUGAGAGAGAGGAAACAACCGGCUCAGUGGUAACAACUUCCUUCUCUGGACAUGUUGUGACAAUCUCAACGUCAGGCUCGCUCGUGACAAGCUCAGUACCUAGGUCAAUUAUCACGACUUCGGUAUCUGGCUCGCUUAUUACAACUUCAUUGCCCGGCUCAAUAAAGACCACGUCGAGCACUCUGGACGCAGGAUCAGGCGAUGAAAGCACAUCUGAUAAUGCUUCGGGCAGCACAUCGGGCGCGGGUCGCGGAAGUCAGACUGAUUCAACAACUACCUCUGCACCUUCUCCGUCCUACAAUGCGGCACGGUCCAUAAAUAUUCCUCGUGUUGGCUUAAUGGGUCUAUUGUGGGCUGCUUUCGCACCACUCCUUUAG